AUGUUGCGCUCCCUCAUUGUCCUUUCACUUCUGGGCCUUCGCCUUUGCCUGGUCCUCAACGAGAACACUCUGAAUGAGAAGGCACCGGCUGUGAACGCCAGCCAGCUGGAGCAGAAGGCAGCUCCAGUCUUGAAGGGGAAGUCGGAAGAUACGACGAUGGCUGCGGAAGAGAUGGAGGAAGGCUCGGACAUGAUGGAGGCUGACACAGCGGAGCCUCAGGAGUCUGAGGUGUCUGAGGUGGCUGAAGAGGCUGUGGAGGAGGGCCCAGCAGAGACCCUUGCCGAGAAUGCAGCCGAGGAGGAGGCAGAGGCCGCAGAGACUCCCGAAGACAUUCCGCCCCCGAGUGAGGAAGAGUCCUCUCCAGAGAUGGAAGAGGAGGAGGCGAGCUCGGAGCCUAUGGACAUUCCGGCAGGUGCAGCGGUUUCUGCCGCAUUAGAGUCCGAUGACUGA